AGGCAAGAACAUAAAUACUUGUAACAGGUAAGGACAAAAUACCAUAGUGAGUUCUACCACCAUUUGGGUGAUCAAUAAAAAAUAAAGCAUUCAUUUAUUUUAUAGCACCAGGAAACGUCUCAAAACCUUUCAGCCAAGUUCUAUCUAGGUAGGUGUACAGACCAAAGUAAGGAAAUCAUGGUAUUAUAUUUUUAGCCGAGGUUUAAGGCGAUGUCCUUUUCUUUCAAGCAGAUUACAAAUACAGUUGCAAUAUUCCAAGAACAUAGUCUGUAUUAAGCCACCUUGGAGGACUUAGCAACCUAACAGUUCUCUGCUCUCUGGGAUUUCUAUGCCAGUUGUGACUUUAAUCUCACCUUUCAAGUGAACAUGGAGUGAGUAAUUAUUCUAAGCACCUGGAACUGGGAGAGGUGGUGAAGAUGAAUCAAGAAGACGAGAGUAAACCUAAUACCAAAAAUUGCAUACCAACAUCUGAGUGUCAUCACGAAUAAUUAGUUAGCUUUUCCACAUGUCUUAGAAGUUCCAGCAAGCACCUAAGAAACAUUUUAGGAAUCCUAAUUUCUCUCUCUCUCAAAAAACUAAGAGGUUUUAUUUUACGAUCAUUCCUUAAUUUCCCUUAGACUUUCAGCUACAUAACUAGUCUAUUAGUAUAAUGAUAAUGUAACAGGUCUUAAAUAAAUGCCUGGGGUGGGGAAAAGGUAGAGGAAAGCUAAAUAACCAAAUAAAUCUGUAUCUAAUGAGGGCAAAUUGGCUAAAUAGGGUGUUAUCAGCUGUUUGAUAUAGAGCCGACAAAAAUUAUGUUCAGCUAGGCACCCUUGAGGCCUGAUUACAGAAGCCCCGCUAGUCCACCCACACACCUAAAAUUUAUUUAAGAGACGAAGCUAGGGCCUUCCUGGCCUUUAGGAAGAAGACUGGCAUGGGGAAAUGUGUUCCUCCCUAGCUCCUACAAGCCAUGGCGCUUUCCAGCAAAUUCCUCCUUUGGUUUUGCUGUUUUGCCUGGCUCUGUGUUCCUAGUAGCCUUAGUUCCCAGGCUUCUCGGGGAGAAGCUCAGAUUGCAGCUGGUGCAGAGUUGGAAUCUGAGGCUGAGCCUUGGUCCUUGCUGCAGCCUGUCGAUGGGAGAGACAGAUCUGGCUUCCUUCCCCCUCUUUUCAAAGUCCUAUCUGAUGGGCCAGGCGGGGCACCCAGGCUGCAGCCGGACUCCAGAGCCUUGCACUACAUGAAGAAGCUCUAUAAGGCAUAUGCUACUAAGGACGGGAUUCCCAAAUCCAAUAGAAGUCACCUCUACAAUACCGUGCGGCUCUUCACCCCCUGUGCCCAGCACAAGCAGGCUCCUGGAGACCAGGUGGCAGGGAUCCUUCCACCGGUGGACCUGCUGUUUGACCUGGACCGUGUCACCGCUGUCGAACGCCUGCUCAAGUCAGUCUUGCUGUACACUGUCAACCACUCGGUUUCUCUUCCCUCUGCUGUCAAGUGUGCGUGCAACCUGGUGAUAAAGGAGCCAGCGCCUUCUGGCCAGAGUCUCCCUGGAGCUCCACACUCCUUUACCUUGAACUCGCAGUUUGAAUUUGGCAAGAAACACAGAUGGAUUGAGGUCGAUGUGACCACCCUCCUUCAGCCUCUGGUGGGCUCCAACAAGAAGAUUCACAUGUCUGUAAAUUUUACGUGCACGAGAGAGCAGCCUCGGCGUCCUUCGGCACGGGACGGCCCAUCUGACGUGACUCUCCUGGUGUCGCCCUCGCUGAUCUUGUAUCUGAAUGACACCAGUGCUCGGGCUCAUCACAGCCGGUUGUCCCUUCACGACGCAAGGAGGCCUUCGCCGGGUCCCGACCAGAGGAGCAACGUGUCCGCCUACCCCGUGGGGGAAGAGGCCGCUGAGGAUGGGAGGUCGUCCCGUCACCGGAGAGGGCAGGACACUGUCGUCUCUGAAUUGAAGAAGCCCCUGGUUCCAGCUUCCCUCAACCUGAGUGACUACUUCAAACAGUUCCUUUUCCCCCAAAACGAGUGUGAGCUCCACGACUUCAGACUGAGCUUCAGCCAGCUGAAGUGGGACAACUGGAUCGUGGCCCCGGGCAGGUACAACCCUCGCUACUGCAAAGGGGACUGUCCCAGGGCCGCCGGGCACCGGUACGGCUCCGUGGCUCACACCAUGGUGCAGAACAUCAUCCACGAGACGCUCGACCCCUCGGUGCCGAGGUCCUCGUGCGUGCCUGCCAGGUACAGCCCCCUGAGCGUCCUGACCGUGGAGCCCGACGGCUCCAUCGCUUACAAAGAGUACGAGGACAUGAUAGCUACUAAGUGCACCUGCCGCUAGCAAACGGAGCUCCGAACUGAAACCUGGAGCCUGUCGUGGGAGAAAGUAAAUGUCGUGUGCCUGUCUGUGCCUUCGGGAGAAAGCUCCGUGUGUCAGAUCUCUCCAUGAAUCGCAGCGCAGGUUGUAUAAGGACGGGCCUGUGUGGGUGAGCACCUUCUGUGACAUGGGCGUAUGGAGGGACAACGUCAGUUGUUGCUGCUGAGCCUCGGUUUCCAUUCCUUGGGACAGCUUUGGAUUUUUUUCCCUGGCCUGUUUUUCAGAGGAGUCUUAUUCUUGAUGGAAAAAAAAAAAAAUUCUUAGCCUAAAUCUUAGAAUUGUAGCUUAUAUAAAUAGACAAUUCAGAGCACUAUAGUCUUAUUUAAGGGAAGAAUAAAUUCUUAUCAAUGGCAUGAGUUUUGCGUGUGUGUUUUAUUAAAGAUUGCUUUAAAUGAUGAUCUGGGGAACGAUGUGUAUACAAGGUGGCCUUAGAUCAACUUUUGAAUUUUGAUAGUAAAUUCUUUGAUUAGAGUAAAAGGGAAGGCUGACGUCGCCAAAUCCUAAUGAAGUGAGAUUUCCUGGCACUAGAGCGUAUGGAGCACAACUCAUUGCUCUUGUUUGUGCAACUGUUACACAAUAUAGUAAUUCUGCUUAUUAACUGGCACUUAAAAGCAAUUCACACAGAACAAUGUAACACUUGUCUCAUCAGUUUAAAGGAAACUGCCUUGAAGAUUUUUCUAAGAAAAGCUAUGUUUAAGACUAUUUAAAUGUAUUUUUUUCCUUAAUAUAUUUAAAACUUAUGACCUUAUGGAAGGAAGCCAGGGAGGUAUUUUUUGUUUGGGUUUAGGUGUUUUGGGUUUGUGUUUUGUUGACUUGCCUCCUCUCCCUCUAUUUUACCCCCACAGGUCGUUUUCCAGGUGAUCUCGAACUGCUUCUGCUUAGCUGGUGGCAGUGACCGGGUUAUGUUACUGACCUUGUGUGGCUAGUAGGGCUUUUAUGUGGGUUUUCAAUAUAUCUCCUAUUUAUUCUGAGAGAGCCCUGGGGCACAGAGAUGGGGCUUACAGGAUGUUGUGUUUCAGAGUUUCUGAAACCCUAAUAUACAAACCAAAAGUAAUUCCUAGAUGCAAGAGGUACUUUUCAUUCUUGUAAAUGAUCUU